AUGAUGAUAACCAUGAGAUGCCGGUCGAUGAAAUUGUUUCAUGUUGAGUGGUUGUGCCUAUUCUUAUUAAUCUCAUUGAUAAGAGUGGAAGGAGCUUUGAUUGGAAGCAAGAAUAUUACCUUUGUGAAUGAACGACAACAGCAGGAUGGUGGUGGCCGCGAUGUUAUUGAUAGUGAGGAUGGAAUGCCAUAUCGACCAUACAACGACAGUGCUUCCUUUCAACGAUUCAAAUCUCGUCAGAGGAUGCAAUCUAGAGCUAGUCGUCCAGUGAAUACUAAUCCAGAUGAUGUCGUCUCUUGUGGCUCUUGCUGUUUUGAUGUUCUUCCAUUGCGAGGAAGUUCGUUUGUGUCCGAAGAGGCAUCACCCUAUCGCGAAAUUCUAAGACGAAAUCGAUUCUAUGUCAAGUUGAUAGAUAUUGCGGGGAUUCCAUUGGUGGCUUCCUAUGACGUUCGCGAUGCGGCCAUGCUGGAAACUGCUUUGCUAUUGGUCAAGAUGGCAUCGAAGAAUCCACACUUGAUGGAUUAUUUGAAAGAAGAACAGAUUCAUUUUGCCGUGAUUGGAAAGGACGAAGUCAUUACGGAUCUUCCCAGCUAUUCUGAUUUGGAUCCACAACAAUGGGACUAUGCUCGAGGAGUAGGCGCUACAAGGUGGAGGCCUGUCUCGUCGUGUGCGGAAGAGGAUGUUCUAUGCUUAUCUAAUGAUCCAUACUUGGAUGAAACUAUCUGUGUCCACGAGCAUGCGCAUACGCUUGAAGGGAGCGGCGGCAAGCUAGAUUCACCUCGAAUGAUUGAGUACAACGGGAGGGAACAAAAUUUAGAUUCGCUAUUGAAAGAGGUGUACAAUGAUCGAAUUACCGAUAUCGAUAGUGCUGGAAGACCAUCUUUCUUGUGGGAGAAUACCUAUGCAUCAUCCAAUCACGAGGAAAUGUGGGCCGAAGGUGUUCAGAGUUAUUACAAUGUCAAUCGAGAGGGACCUGCAGAGGGUGAUGGAGUGCACAAUCAUAUUUGGUCGCGAUCCUUGUUACAAUCCUAUCACAGGGAAUUACAUCAAGUUAUUGAGGCAGUCUUUCCUUCCGAAGUCAACUUGGAGUGUCCUGGCACUAGCAUGGAUAGUUGCGACUGCAAUCAAAUCCGGCAGUUGUGCGAACAAGUCGGAGUUACGAUACCUACCAAUGGACCAACAAAGCCACCCACACGGCUGCCUACAUUCCAUCCGACUCAAAAACCUACGCCAGGUCCCAAUUUUACACCUUUUCCAACCCCCAAACCAUCGCCUUCUCCCUCGAGAUCCUGGCCAUCCAGCAAUCCAACAAAUGCCCCAAGUAUAAAUAGAGUUCCCGGCAUGGCUCUGGGAGUAUCUGCUGGUCGAGGCAAUGCUCCAAAGUGUUUUAUUUCAUUGAUAUUACUUGCAGUUUGUCUACUGUCAUGA